AUGUUCCUACAUACGGGAUCCAAACCCUACGUCUGCAAAGAGUGUCGACGGCCCUUCGCACGCCAAGAUGCACUUACUCGCCACGAGAAGCUGCAUGUUCGUGCCAUGAAUGCAAAACCGGAUGCAAAUGUUGUGCCUCAGCCUUCGGUUGAUUCAGCUGCCUCAUGGGACACGAAUAGUACCUCGCCGUUUGAUCAAUCUACCUCGGCGACGAGUCAGUCCUGGGAUGAGGCUCCCAGUGAUGCUAGCAUGCAUGUGGCCUCGGAGCUGGAUUUCACCUUGAUCUGGCCAGAUUCUGAAAAUUUGCUUCAGAGUUUGAUGUCAUCUGAUACAACAGAUCAGUGGCAGAUGCCCCUUGGGACUUUGCCCUUCCCACCUGUUGUACAAGACGUGAAUAGCCUGGCAUUUGGUUCACCGACUUCGUUUGAUGAUCGGACCUCCUCAAUUGGGGCUUUACCCAUGGGCGGUGGAUAUCAAGCGGUGCAGGAUGUCACAGAGAUGGUCACAAGCUCGUCUUCCAGUGUUACUGCUGCCGUCAAUGCCACGUCCAUCACGUCGGUCUUUCUCGAUGAAUGUCUCCACAUGUUCUUCAUUCGGUUCAUACCCACAUUUCCAAUCUUGCACCGAGCAACCUUCGUUUUCAAAGAGUGCACGCACGCACUACUCCUCAAUGCUAUUGCAAUCGGUUCGUUAUAUUUGGGACCCAAAGACUCGGUUGCCAAAGGCGAGGCGUUGUGGCGGUUGGCACACACAGCAGUCGCGACCUCUUGGCAAUCUCUCAUCACCCACAGCGGUCCAUAUGAUGCCUGCAAAGGCGUCCAGCUGAUGCUCACAGCCUUACUAGGCCAGAUAUAUGGAGCACUAUCCAAGAAUCGGGCAGUGCGAACCACUAGCCAGGUGUUUCGUCCGCUGGGAUUUUUCUGGGCUCGACAUUGUGGCAUGUACGACAGCGAGUCGUACUCCAUGGAUAACCUCCCGUCAAUGAAUGCCCCCGCCGCAGAGAAAGAACACCAAUGGCGCAUCUGGUCAGCUCGCGAGAUCCAGCAACGUGCCCUUUUGGCAUAUUAUGUGCUAGACGGUCUUGUGGCUCAAAUGUCCGGAGAUGCCGCCUCUGCGAGACACGUCGCCAAUCCACUUUUUCUUCCAAGCAGCGAAGAGGCCUUUGACGCUGCCACCGCUGACGAAUGGCUCACUCACAUGCAUCCCCACGAACGUGACCAGUCCUCUUUCCGCGUUAUCUUCCGUUCCCUAUUCCCACCAGUCGGCAAUUUCCGCCCGCUCGACCACCAAUUUUCCGCCUUCGGGCUUCGGGUCGUCCUUGAAGGUCUUCAAUCUCUGAUUUCAGAUUGCGAUGACAACGAUCUCGCUGUCGGCGUCCCUGGUCAAUCGGACGUCCGCCGGGCUCUAGCCCAGGUCCAUGAAACCAUCACAAUGAGCAUCCACUUCACCGCCGCAGAAAGACUUGAGAUUCUCCUUCGAUGGCACACGAUCUGUCUCGACACGAUGGUCAACUCCACCGUCCUCUCACGCCACAUCUGCUCCCGUUCCAAUAUUCCACAACAUGUCUCAGGCGGCAGCCGAACCGUCUCACCAGGCUUCGACCUACUCAAGUGGGUUAACUCGGAGGAUGCGCGUCGUGCCGUCCUACACGCCGUCGCGAUCCAGGAUAUUGUUGAGCAGUUACCACGCGGCCGCGCGCACGUGGUUCACAUGCCCAGCUCGCUUUUUGCUGCGGCGACCAUCUAUGUCGUCUUCUCGCUUGCUGGCGUCGCGACCGUGAGCCUACCGAGAAACAUCACUUGGCAGGAGGCGCUGCUUUCAUACUCAGACCUAAACCUGGGGCAUGACGAUCUGAAGUCGCCGAGGGGAUCUGAGACGGGGAGGUUUGUCGAAGGGAAGGAUCCUCGGUCUGUUCCGCUGCGCGGAGCGAUGAGGAAUUUGCUGUACGAGUUGAACUCCAUACAGAAGCUUUUCCGGUGCUUGUCAUCGCAGUGGGGUAUUGCGCAUGACAUGGAAGGAAUUGUUGCGGAGUGGAUUGUGUUGUGCCAUUAG